AUGAAGCCCAUAAGGCUUCCAGAGCCACCGGGGAGUCCGCCAUCAAUGGGUGGAAUACCUGAUAUAUUUGAGGGCGGGGUUUAUGGCGUUAUCCGGCGAGCCGUCAUCAUUGGUAAUGGCUUCCCGGCUUCAGAAAACCAGAGCAUCGGCUUGGUACGCGCCCUAGGUCUGUCGGAAAAGAAAACUCUUUAUCGGGUUACGAGGCCAAGAGGAGGAAUCAAUGAAUGGCUACACUGGCUUCCUGUUUUUGUCCACAAAAAAAUUUAUUACAUUAUUAGCCAGAUUUAUAGUUAUUCCCGAUUUCUGAUAGCUAGAAGGGGAAAGAAUCUGGUGCAUUUGCCUAUGGAGAAUGGUCAUUCUACAGGUCUGUCAUCUGUAUUGGAAGCUGAUGUCAAAAAUAUUGUAAGGAUGGCUAAAGAAACUUCUGAGAAGGAUGGUCCAUUACUGGUGGUUGCAUCUGGAAGAGAUACUAUUUCAAUUGCAAGCUCUAUAAAAAGAUUAGCAUCUGAAAAUGUGUUCGUCGUACAGAUUCAGCAUCCGAGGUCCGAUUUGGAUAGGUUUGAUAUGGUGAUUGCCCCAAAGCAUGAUUACUACCCUUUGACACCUCAUGCACAGGAACAGGUUCCUCGGUUUCUCAGGAGAUAUAUAACACCUCGUGAACCUCCUGAUGGGCAUGUUGUUCUCACAGUAGGAGCUCUUCAUCAAGUAGAUUCUGCAGCCCUUCGUAGCGCAGCUAAUGCAUGGCAUGAUGAGUUUGCACCCUUACCAAAACCAUUACUUGUAGUCAACAUUGGAGGGCCUACAAGGUACUGCAAAUAUAGCAUGGACCUUGCGAAGCAGUUGACAACCUCACUUCAUAAUGUACUCGCAAGCUGUGGAAGUGUGAGGAUAUCUUUCUCAAGAAGGACACCUGAAAAGGUCUCCAACAUUAUAGUAAAAGAACUUGGAACUCAUCCGAAAAUAUACAUAUGGGAUGGUGAAGAACCUAAUCCACACAUGGGACAUCUGGCUUGGGCUGACGCUUUUAUAGUUACUGCCGAGUCAGUUAGUAUGUUGAGUGAAGUUUGCAGCACCGGGAAACCUGUUUAUGUGAUUGGAGCUGAACGCUGUUCAUGGAAGCUCGUGGAGUUCCAUAAGAAGCUGAGAGAAAGGGGCCUGGUUCGACCAUUUACAGGUCUUGAGGAUAUGUCAGAAAGCUGGAGUUAUCCCCCAUUGAAUGACACCGCAGAGGCAGCAAGCCGAGUGCAUAAAGCAAUUGCUGAGCGUGGAUGGAGAUUACGGCCAUAG